AUGCUGAGUGGCGGCAAGAGCGGCAGUGAGGCGCAAGGCGCGAUGUCAUCUUCUGGUUCUCAAGUCGAGCAAUGCGAAGUUAAUGUGGCGAUCAAGGCCGGCGAGUCAGAAUCGUCUGAAGAUGAAGAGGAGCACAACACAUCACCCGUCAUGGAACCGACGCAAGAGGCUGGAAACACCCAUCAGGAGAGGCGAGAGGUGUCCGAGAGAAGCAUCAUCGCGGCCGCAGAUUUCGGACCCGGCAAGACCGAGUUUACCGACCAAGAACCUGAAGCGACGUAG